AUUAUUAUAUGCGUCGUUGAACAAUCUGUGAAUGGAAAAAGGACUUCUAUUUGGAAAUUGGACACUCGAAGUUGCCAUGGUGCUCUUGGUCCACGCAAAACAUGACUCUAUCCCGUAGACCACAGCCGCCUCUCUUUCCCCCCUGUUCACUGGUAUACUAUAAAACGCAGAUCGUGAGCCGGUGAGGGCCAGGAUACAGAGGAGAGAGAUAGGCUUCGUCUCUAAUCGCCGCACCUCCUCCGCUCCUUCGGUGGCGGAGAGAGAAAGAGAGAGAGAGAGAAAGAGAGAGAGAGCGUCGAAAAUGGCGGCCAUGGAUCCCACUCGAGCUUUUAUCAAGGAUGUGAAGCGCGUUAUCAUCAAAGUCGGGACCGCUGUUGUUACUAGAACAGAGGGGAGAUUGGCUCUGGGAAGACUUGGUGCCCUAUGUGAACAGGUUAAAGAGCUCAAUUCUCGAGGUUUUGAGGUGAUUUUGGUCACUUCCGGUGCCGUUGGUGUCGGGCGGCAGAGGCUUAGAUACAGAAGGCUUCUCAAUAGCAGCUUUUCUGAUCUCCAGAAGCCACAAGUAGAGCUGGAUGGAAAAGCAUGCGCGGCUGUCGGUCAGAAUGGCUUAAUGGCUCUUUAUGAUGCUUUAUUCAGUCAGCUCGAUGUGACAUCGUCUCAACUUCUUGUGACCGAUAGUGAUUUCAAGGAUCCAGAUUUCAGGAUGCAGCUUUCUGAAACCGUCAACUCAUUAUUAGCACUUAGAGUUAUUCCUGUGUUCAAUGAAAAUGAUGCAAUCAGUACUAGGAAAGCUCCUUACGAGGAUUCCUCUGGCAUCUUCUGGGAUAAUGACAGUUUAGCAGCUCUACUGGCCAUGGAAUUAAAAGCUGAUCUUCUCAUUUUGCUGAGUGAUGUGGAAGGCCUCUACAGUGGCCCGCCUAGUGAACCUCAAUCAAAGAUUAUUCAUACGUAUGUGAAAGAAAAGCAUCAUGGUGAGAUUACAUUUGGGGACAAGUCAAGGGUAGGAAGAGGGGGCAUGACUGCUAAAGUAAAGGCUGCAAUCUAUUCUGCAUCGGCUGGCACUCCUGUUGUAAUUACAAGUGGUUUCGCCACUGAUAGCAUAACGAAAGUACUUAAAGGAGAGAGAGUUGGCACCCUCUUCCAUCAGGAUGCAAGUUUAUGGGCAUUACCUAAUGAAGUUAGUGCACGUGAGAUGGCAGUUUCUGCAAGAGAAUGUUCCAGGCGUCUGCAGAGUGUUUCAUCAGAAGAGCGCAAGAAGAUAUUGCUGGACAUUGCUGACGCCCUAGAGGCGAAUGAAAAAUUAAUCAGAACUGAAAAUGAAUCUGAUAUUGCUGCUGCACAACAAGCUGGAAUAGAGAAAUCUUUGAUUUCUAGAUUGACUCUAAAGCCUGGAAAGAUAUCCAGCCUUGCAAAGUCAAUACGUGUACUUGCAAAUAUGGUAGACCCAAUUGGCCAGAUAUUGAAGAGAACAGAGCUUGCAGAUGGGCUUAUCUUAGAGAAGACAUCGUGCCCCUUGGGUGUUCUCCUGAUUGUUUUUGAGUCCCGCCCUGAUGCCUUAGUUCAGAUUGCAUCUUUAGCAGUUCGAAGUGGGAACGGGCUUCUCUUGAAAGGUGGGAAGGAAGCCAUGAGAUCCAAUGCAAUAUUACAUAAGGUCAUUUGUGGGGCAAUUCCAAGCACUGUAGGUGACAAGCUUAUUGGUCUUGUAACAUCAAGAGAUGAAAUUCCUGAUUUACUGAAGCUUGAUGAUGUGAUUGAUCUUGUUAUUCCAAGAGGAAGUAAUAAGCUUGUUUCUCAAAUCAAAGCGUCAACCAAGAUUCCUGUUUUAGGUCACGCUGAUGGCAUUUGUCAUGUCUACAUUGACAGAUCGGCUGACAUGGAUAUGGCAAAACGCAUUGUAUUGGAUGCAAAGACGGACUAUCCUGCGGCCUGCAAUGCUGUGGAAACGCUUCUUAUUCAUAAGGAUCUGUUGAAGACUGAGGGCCUUAACGAUAUACUACUGGAGCUUAAAACAGAAGGAGUUGCUCUUUAUGGUGGACCUAGAGCAAGUGAUGAGUUGGGUAUUCCAAAGGCAAAAUCACUCCAUCACGAAUAUAACUCAAUGGCUUGCACACUUGAAAUUGUCGACGAUGUACACACCGCGAUCGACCAUAUACAUCGUUACGGAAGCGCACAUACUGAUUGUAUAGUUGCAGAAGAUCUUAAGGUUGCAGACAUCUUCCUCCAUCAAGUUGACAGUGCUGCAGUGUUCCAUAAUGCUAGCACGAGGUUCUGUGAUGGGGCUCGUUUUGGAUUAGGUGCAGAGGUCGGCAUAAGCACUAGUAGGAUUCAUGCUCGAGGUCCUGUUGGUGUUGAAGGGUUGCUGACGACUAGAUGGAUUUUGAGAGGAAGCGGACAAGUAGUGAAUGGUGACCAAGGGGUUGUGUACACCCACAAUAAUCUUCCACUGUAGGCAGAGCGAGGAUAUUUUUCUGCAGCAGUAUUUCCUGACUGAUACAAGUGGAAUAUUUCGAAUUUCUCUAGCUUUUUCUUCAGGUCUCUUGAAGUUCCAUGAGUCGCAGUUUUUUUUUUUUUUUUUUUAAUUGAACGGGAUUGUAUCCUUUGAGAAACUUCUUGUCGAAGUCCCAUACACUUGGUUAUUGUGUAUUUUUUAAGAAUAGCACAUUAAUUAUAUAAUUGAUUGUGACUCUCUUUGUAGUUUAUAAA